AGACUAAUAACUCUUUCUUCGAUUUGGUCUAAUAAUAAUAUUAUUUUUGUGCAAAGCUGCUCAUAGCAUUAUGGCCUCAUCCCCCAUUAUGCCCCCACCUUCAUCUUCAUCUCACAAGUAUCAUGUUUUUUUGAGUUUUAGAGGGAAAGAUGCGCGCAAAACUUUUAUAGACCACCUCUACGAUGAUUUGGCGCAAGUUGGGAUUCAUACGUUUAGAGACGAUGAGAAGCUCCGAAAAGGCACGGAAAUCAGACCUGAACUGCUUCAAGCUAUUGAAGAUUCCAUGAUCUCCAUUGUCGUGUUUUCAAAAAAUUAUGCCUCGUCUAGCUGGUGUCUUGAUGAGCUUUUGAAGAUCCUCGAGUGCAGAGAGCAGCAUGGUCAACUAGUUAUUCCUAUUUUCUACGACAUUAAUCCUUCUGAGGUACGUAGACAAGCCGGUACAUUUGGUAAAGCGAUUGCUAAACACAAAAAACAUUAUGGGAAGGAGAAGGUCGCAAGGUGGAAAGCUGUUGUCACGGAAGCUGCAAAUUUAUCGGGAUGGGAUUUGCCAAACAUCGAGAACGGGCAUGAAGCAAAAUUCAACAAGAAACUAAUAGAAGAGGUCUUAAAAUUAGUAAAUCCCACAUGCAUGCACCUCCCAGGACUUGUAAUUGGGGCUAAUUCUCAUGUUGAGGGUGUGAUUUCUCUAUGCGACUUCUACUCAUCAGCUGGUGUCUGCAUGUUUGGAAUCUAUGGGAUGGCUGGCAUUGGCAAAACAACCGUUGCCAAAGCCGUCUACAAUCAAAUCCACAGGAGGUAUGAAGGUUUCUCCUUUGUGGUUCACGUAAGAGAGCGCUCAGAGAAUAACAUGCUUCACAACUUACAGGAACAACUUCUUUCAGAGGUUCUAAGAAAAGAGAACUUUAAAGUCCAUUAUAAUGUCGAUAUGGGAAAAUGCCUCAUCAAAGAAAGACUUGGUCAGAAGAAGGUCUUCAUUGUUCUUGAUGAUGUCGAUGACAUGAGCCAGAUAAAAGCAUUGGCAGAAAAGCGAAGCUGGUUCGGUUCGGGGAGCACAAUAAUUAUUACAACCAGAAGCGAGCAUUUGCUAGAUGAUGUUGGAGUAGACUACAAGUACAAGGUAACAAGGUUGGAUGAUUUCUCUUCCAGGCGACUCUUUUGCUUUCAUGCUUUCAAGGAUUCUACUGUACCCGAAAAUUUGGAUCAUGAGUUGGUGAAAGACAUAGCACGUCUUGGUGGAGGGGUUCCUUUGGCACUCGAAGUUCUGGGCUCUCUUUUGCAUAAAAAGGAUGAUCAAAUAUGGAGAAGUACCUUUGAAAGCUUGAAAAAUCUUGUUCAUCACAAUAGCAUUCACAAAGCACUCAAAAUAAGCUACGACUCACUUGAUGAGAACUCUAAGGAGAUUUUCCUUGACAUUGCGUGCUUUUUUAUUGGAGUCCAAGAAGAUUAUGCUAGUCUUGUAUUGACCGGCUGUGGUCGCUCUUUCAGCUUGGGAAAAGGAAUUUUGACUGGAAGAUGUUUACUCAAAAUUGAACAGAAUUAUUUGUGGAUGCACGAUUUAGUUCGAGAUAUGGCCAAAGAAAUUGUUCGUCAAGAGUCACUUAAAGAACCUCAUAUGCGCUCUAGAUUGUGGUUUCAUGAAGAUGUUCGUUAUGUGCUAGAAAAAAACAAGGGUAGUGAUCAUAUAGAAGGCAUCAGCGUCAUCCAUCCCAAAGUCAAAGAUAUAAUUUUGGACACACAGGCCUUUUCAAGAAUGGAUAGGCUGAAAAUACUUCAAGCAAAAGGGAUGAAUCUUACUGGAAGCUUCAAAAAUUUGUUCGAGGAUCUGAGAUGGCUUAGCUGGCAGAAUUUCCCUUUGAAAUGUUUACCUACUGAUAGUCACCUAAGCAAGCUUGUGGCUCUCGACAUGCAAUAUAGCAACAUCACGGAAGCCUGGCAAUCCAACAUCAAGUCCCUGGAAAGCCUGAAACAUCUAAAUUUCAGUCAUUGUCAACGACUAAAGCGGACUCCUGACUUUUCUAGUGCGAUAAGUCUUGAGACAAUAUUGUUUACAGGUUGCUCUGAGUUGGUUGAGGUUGAUUCAUCAAUAGGAAAAUUGGUGAAACUUGUUCACUUAAAUCUGAAAGACUGCAUCAGCCUCAUGUAUCUACCAAGCAGCAUUUGCAAGCUAAAAUCACUUCAAUGUUUAAAUAUGACUGGUUGCUCGGGUCUACAGCAACUUCCUGCUGAUUUGGGACGUUUGACAAACCUAAGAAGCUUAUCACUAGAAGGAUGCAACAGAAGUUUAAAGGCUCAAUCUUGGCGGACUUCGAUAUUAUCUUAUGUACCAUGGGCAGGAAGUAGUUCAGCAUGUCCAGUGAGGUUGUUGCCACACUCGAUUUCCAAUUUAUGUCACUUGACGGAGCUCAAUCUCAAAGAUUGCAGGCUUUCAGAAGUAGAUAUUCCAACCAAUCUUGGGAGUUUAUCCUCGUUGGAAUACCUGGAUUUAGGAGGAAAUGAUUUUUACAGUAUACCCUCAUCCCUCUUAGGCGACCUAUCUAGGCUACAUUGUCUUGUCCUGGAUAAUUGCACGAAUCUUCAAAUGCUCUCACUACUUCCUCCUAAUCUGCUAGAGCUCCACGCAAAUGAUUGCUCAUCCAUUGAAAGUCUAGACAUGUCAAAUUACAGGAUACUGCCACAGCUCUAUGUAUCCAAUUGCGACAGAUUGUCUGAGAUUAGGGGGAUGGAAACUAUCCAAAAUGUAGAAUAUGCUCGUAUAGAGAGCAGUAGCAAGCUGGCAAGCAUUUUCUUUAAUGAAAGUUUCUUCCAGCUGACGGGAGAAUGUGAUGAAGAUCUUCCUUGUCCAAGCAGCUACUAUAUUGCAGGUAGCGAGGUUCCAGAAUGGUUCAGCAACCGAAGCAUAGGAUCUACUAUAACCUUAACAAUGCCACCAAACAUAGAACAUAAGUUCCAGGGAAUAAUACUUUGGUCUAUCUACGGGUCUGUAGACUACAAUGUGUUUGAAUAUAGUCCUAUCAUAGAGGUCGGUGAUCAAACCAAUAAGGUUACUUGGGUCCUUCACUUCCCUGCCGUUACUGUAACCGCUGACACACGUUCUUGGGUAAGCUUCAUACCAAGAGAUUACUUUUGUCCUGCUUUAGAAGGCGGAGAAAAAAUUACAUUUUCUUUCAGUAUCAGAGAGCAAGGAUUCAUAGGGUUAAAAGUUACAAAGUGUGGCGUUCAUCCAAUCUAUGCAACAGCAGGAAGAGAAUUGCCAAAAGUCCAGUUUCGAGAUCCUUGGAGUAAUUUAGAGGGAAGGAGGUUCAUACCCUUGUGGAGAUGGUCAGACAUUUGUGGGGUAGGGCACGUUAAGUCAUAUAUUCUUAAUAAUGGCACUGAUGACCAGCAUAUUCAGAAAGUCAUAUUCAGUGGGCUUCGUCUUACGGAAGAUGCUGAUGGAACAUCCUCCUUUCACAACAUCAUCGGCACACCUUUCCAUGUAAAUCACGCAAACUUUCGUCAGAUUUUGCAAGAAGCAUAUGACCAUAGUCGACGGAAUACAAAUGAUUGGCGAGAUUUAUUUUGCGAUGUGGUAUUCGAUCAACACAACAGGUUAAGUUUGGCUAAAGGAAAUUGGAACUGUUGGGUCUGA